AUGCCAAAAACUAGAUCGACAACGAAAAAAAAAAAGCAGAAUGAAGCGAAGGAAGUGACGGACGUAGAAUCGACAACAAAAAAAAAAAAGCAGAAUGAAGCGAAGGAAGUGACGGACGUAGAAGACCUAGAGGAAAUGCGAAAGUUGUUGCAAGAUAUUAAAGCUAAACAACAAAAUUUUGAAGCUUUACGAAAUAGUGACCUAGACAAGAAUGAACAAAAUAUAAGGGAAUUUAAAAGCAAUUAUGAAAAGCGGUCUCAAGGGCUAGAAACCAUGGUACUUCAAUUAAAAAGUCAAAUAGAGAAUUUGGAACAUGAGAGGGAGGCCAUUUUGAAUCAAAGUCAAGAUUCUAUGGAAGUUGUUGCAACAAGUAGCAACAGUUUAUCAAGUAACGCUGAAGUAGCCAAAUUAAAAGAACUCGUGAAAAAGCUUGAAUGUGAUUUUCAAAAGGAGACAGAAAAGAACAAGCGUUCUGAAUCAGAAAUAAAGCAUUUACGCGAACAAGUAAAGAGACUUGAGCUUGAGCUGAAGCAAGAAUGUGAAAAUAGCAAGAAACUUACGGCUAAACUUCCCAAAACAUCUGUUUCUAGAAAAUUAACACCGGCUGAGCUCGAUCAAAAGUCAAGAGAAAUGCAAGAACAAAUAUCAUUAUAUGCAGAAAUGUCGAAUCUUUUAAUCCAGAAUGUAAAAGUGAUAUCUCAUGAUGAAAAGAACUUUAAGUGCCUUCAUAGCGGAAGGAAUGGAACAUUGGAAUUCAAGCUCUCAUUUAAAGGAGAAACAGCACAUUAUGAACCAUCUCUUCAGCCAGAUAGAGAUGCUGACCUUAUGGCUAUUUUGCCUGAUUACCUUAAAGAACCAAUAGACUUCCAAAAGGAAUCAUUGGAUCUAUUUUUCUGGAGAAUCUUGGAUUUUUUACAAAAGAAAUGA